AAAACACUACAGCCCCUCCCUCUCUCUCUCUUCCGCAUGCUCCUUCCCCAACACUACGCUCUCCCCCUCUGCUAGACUGCUACCCCUCUUCUCCCUUUCUUCUCUCCUUGUUUCUUUUCUUCUUUCGUUUUCUUUUCUGUCUUCUACACUCCUAGAUAAUUUGUGCCUCCAAAUGCUAGUCGGGGGAAAGCAUUGCAUCAAUAAUCUGUGCCUCAUUUUUAAGAGCUACAAGGAACCAAGUUACCAUGUCUACAGAAUCACAUGAAGAAGGAAGUUCACACGAAAAGGAAUCAGUUAAUCUGAGGUACCCCAUGCUCACCAAAAGUAAUUAUGCUGCUUGGGCCAUCAAAAUGGAAGUGUUUAUGAUGGCUCAAGGGGUAUGGGAUGCAGUAGAAACACAAGGGAGUGUUGAAACACUCAAAGAUAAGAUGGCGUUGGCUGCAAUUUAUCAAGGGAUAAGUGAAGAUACCCUCCUGCAAUUGGGCGCAAAAAGAACAGCAAGAGAAGCUUGGACUAUGCUGAAAAAUAUGAACCUUGGAGCAGAUAAAGUGAAGGAGGUAAGAACUCAAUCACUUCUAAGAGAAUUUGAAUCUAUGAAAAUGAAUGAAGGAGAAAGCAUUGAUGAUUAUGCCAGCAAAAUGCAAAUAAUAGUCACAAAGUUAAGAGGACUAGGAAAUACAGUGGAAGAGGUUAAAGUAGUGAAGAAACUCCUGAGAUCUGUCACACCUAGGUUCCUGCAGAUAGCCUCUACCAUUGAAGAAUUUGGUGAUAUAGAAAACAAAACUUCAGAUGCUCUAAUAGGUUCUCUUAAAGCAUUUGAAGAAAGGAUGCAAGGCUAUGAUUCAAAGGAAGAAGAUACAGUUCUGCUUACUCAAGCAGAGUGGAGAGCUAGAGAGGAUGGAGAUUCAUCAAAAGGAAACACAAGAAAUCAAGAGAGAUAUAGAGGAGGAGGAAGAAGAGGACGUGGCAGAGGGAGAAACAACAAUUGGUCACAAAGGAAGGAAGAAGAGCCUCAGCAAAAGAGAAAAUUUGAUAAAUCAAAAAUUAAAUGUUAUAAUUGUGAAAAAUGGGACACUUUGCAUCUGAAUGUUACUCAGAAGAGAAAGAAGAACAAGCCAAUAUCACUGAACAGGAGGAAGAUGAGGCGCCUGCGCUACUAAUGAUAGAAUCUUGUGAACUGGCCAAAGCUCAUACAGUGAAGGAAAGGGAAAAUGACAAAGCCACAAACCAGAAAAAGAAAGACAAGUCAGAAUGGUAUUUGGACACAGGAGCAAGUAACCACAUGUCAGGAGAUAGAAAUCAUUUCACUGAAAUGGAUCACUCAGUUCAAGGGAAGGUGAGAUUUGGAGAUGGAUCAAUGAUAAAUAUACACGGACAAGGGUCUGUUAUAUUUCAAUGCAGCAAUGGUGAGCAUCUAGUACUGCCAAAAGUGUAUUAUAUACCUAAGUUGAAAAGCAAUAUCAUAAGCAUAGGGCAACUUGAUGAAGAUGGCAGUCAAGUGUCAAUUAAAGGAGGUGAACUGAGGAUUCAUGAUCAAACUAGCAGGCUUCAAAUGAAGGUUCAGAGGCAGCCAAAUAAGUUAUUCAUAGCAACUCUGAGAAAUGCAGAACGAGUUUGCCUACUAACAAGUUUAUCAGAAAAAUCCUGGCUAUGGCAUGCCAGAUUUGGUCAUCUAAACUUUCAAGCCCUUAAGAAGCUGUCAAGUCAAAGAAUGGUAGAAGGUAUGCCUGAUGUAUCUCAGAUGAAUCAAGUGUGUGAAGGAUGCUUGGUGGGUAAACAACACAGAACAACAUUUCCCCAGAAGUCAUGCUUCAGAGCUAAAAGCAAGCUUGAACUAGUUCAUGGAGACCUUUGUGGACCUAUUUCACCAUCAACUCCAAGAGGUAACAACUACUUUUUACUUCUUGUUGAUGAUUACACGCGUUUUAUGUGGAUAUUCCUCAUAAAGCAUAAAGGAGAGGCACUGGAAUCUUUCAAAAGGUUCAAACACUUGGCAGAAAAGGAAGUAAAUGAAAAGGUAAAAUGUUUUAGAACAGAUAGAGGUGGAGAGUUCACCUCUAAUGAGUUUGAUAGGCACUAGUUGUUAGUGCCUAAGUGUACAUUUUUAUUAUCAUUUGUAAUAUCUAUUUACUAGUAUUGUGCAAGUUUAUAGUUGUUAGUUUGCAUUUGAUUGUAAUCGUAUUUCUAGCAUUUUAUUGUUUGUUGUAAGUUGUAGUUAGUUUGGCUAUAAGUUUAGGAUAGGUUUGGAAGCAAAAAGGAUGAAGAAACCUGAGUUUUGUGCAAAACCCGGUCGGGUAUGAACUAUACCCGGCCGGGUAUGAAGUGACAAAGAAACUGCUGCAAAACUAGCAAAUACCCGGUCGGGUAUCCCAUAUACCCAGUCGGGUAUUCUGUGAUUUCGGACCAAGGAACGUGCAGAAGACACAAAAACAUGGGAAAAUAUUUGAUUUGGUAAAUACCCGGUCGGGCAUGUCAAAAUACCCGGCCGGGUAUCCGACAUUAGGUGUUGAAAACACCUAUAAAUAGCCCCAUUUUCCUUCACAUUUCAUCAAUCCCUUCUUCCAUUCUCUUUAGCUCAGUUUAGAAUAGCAUUUCUUUAUAUUUUUCUAGCUAUGUUUAGUCUCCAAAUGAGGAGCUAAACUUCCAUUCUUGGUGUUGCCCUUGAAGCUUGUUGAUUAUUAAAGUUGUGAGUUAUUUUCUUAACUUCUUUCCUUGAAUAUUAAUUAAUAGUUCUUUCCUUAAUACCAUCU